CAAGUUGAGCUUAAGUUUAGUUUGCAACGAAACCAACAUGAGAGCAGUUUGGCUUACCCUAUUAUUGGCAGCUGUGGUGGCACCAAAUUUAACAACUGGAGCACCAUUGACGAAGUGGUUUAAAACCGACAACAAUACCUAUUACAUUGAACCGGAUCAAAAGUUCUCUUGGCAACAAUCCUAUGCUGAAUGCAAAUCCAAAAAUCUCAAUCUUGUGACCUUGAAGCACUUCAAUGGCGAUGAACUUUUGAAUGAAUAUCUAAAGCAAACUUUUGCAGAUCCCGUUCCUGAGUUUUGGCUACGUUCCAAUUUGGAUUUGGACCUUAACAACAUUUUGCCCUCAUUAACUGAAGAUUUUUUCAAAAUCAAAAUGGAAGAUGCUGAAAUAACUGAUGUUCUCGCUGCUGAUAAUCCCGACAAUUGUGUUUUGACUAAGGAUGGAUCGAGCAAGGCCUGUGAGAUACUGCACGGCUUUAUCUGUAAGGCCCACAAUAAUGGCAAUGGUGCUCAAAAUAUUCAAAAUAUUAUUUUGAAAUUUUCAUAAUUUAAUGCAAAGAAUUUCCAUGAAAA